GAUGGCGGACUGAACGUUCUGUGGCUCGCUGAAGAAGUUUCAGAUAUACGGUCUCACACUUUUACACAUUCACAAAGAUUCGUUGUUUCUAAAGUCUGCACGUUGAGUUUGGAGCGAUGGAGUGUUACCGGAAGUGAAGAUUGACGACGUGAUAGAAGAUGGACGACUACUGCUAUGCUAAGAUGGCGACGUCCGCUAAAAGAGAACAUGAAAGAGAAUCAACUUCCAGCAAAUCACCAACGGAGAUAAAGACGAAAGAUGAAGACGUCCAGCAGACGAUUGGUCAUUCAGAACAACUUCAUCCUCGGGCAAAUGAUGAGGGCUACACUUUUAAGCAAGAGAGUCCAAGGUCCCCCCACAUUAAAGAGGAAGAGGAUGAAUUCUGGAUAACACAGGAAGCUGAUCUCACCAAGUUGCCACUGACUAUUGUCUCUGUGAAGACUGAAGAUGAUGAAGAGAAACCACAAGUCGACAACCUCUUAGCUCCACUAUCAGAUAGUGAGGCUCAAGACAAUGUUGAAAAACCUUUGAGCAGCGAUACAGACUGUGAAGGUGAUAUGAGGACUCACACUGACAACAAACAUUCCAACUGCUCCAAAAAGACCGUUAAAAAACAUUUUAACUGCUCAAUUUGUGCUAAAAGCUUUACUAAAAAGAGCAGUUUUACUCAACACACGAGAACGCACACAGGGGAAAAACCAUUUGAUUGUUCAUUUUGUGGCAAAACAUUUUCCCAAAAGAUUAAUUUGACAGCACACAUGAGAUCACACACGGGAGAAAAACCAUAUAAUUGUUCAGUGUGUGGUAGAACUUUUUCCUAUAAUACCCAUUUGACAAACCACAUGAGAACACACACAGGAGAAAAACCAUUCAACUGUUCAGUUUGUGGGAAAAGAUAUUCCCGGAAGAGUGAAUUGAUAAUACACAUUAGAACACACACAGAGGAGAAACCAUUCAUUUGUUCAGUCUGCGGCAGAAACUUCUCUCAAAAACAAACUUUGACUGCACAUAUGAGAACACACACAGGAGAAAAGCCGUUCAAAUGUUCCAUUUGUGGUAAAAAAUGUUCACAAAAGACCAAUUUGACAGCACACAUGAGAACGCACACAGGAGAAAAACCAUUUAAGUGCUCAGUCUGUGAUAAAGUUUUUUCCUAUAAAAUCCAUUUGACGACUCACAUGAGAACACACACAGGAGAAAAAACAUUUAAUUGUUCUGUGUGUGGGAAAGGCUUUUAUCGUAAAACUGAUUUAACUAGACACAUGAGAACACACACCGGUGAGAAGGCAUUUAAAUGUUUAGUUUGUGGUCAAAAUAUUUCUCAAAAGGCUUAUUUGACAGCACAUAUGAGAACGCACUCAGGAGAGAAACCAUUUAAAUGUUCAGUUUGUGGUCAAAAUUUUGCCCGCAAUAGCCAUUUGACUGUACACAUGAGAACACACACAGGGGAAAAACCGUUUAUUUGUUCAAUUUGCGGUAAGAGAUGUUCUCGCAAUAGUGAUUUGACAGCACACAUGAGAACACACACAGGAGAGAAACCAUUUGAUUGUUCGGUUUGUGGUCUAAACUUUGCCCGAAAACAAUAUUUGACUGGACACAUGAAAACACACACAGGAGAAAAAACAUUUAAUUGUUCAGUUUGUGGGAGAAGUUUUUCCCGCAAGGAAAAUUUGGCUGGACACACGAGAACGCACACUGGAGAAAAACCCUUUAAAUGUUCGGUUUGUGGGAAAAACUUUGUUCUCAAGACGCAACUCACAGGACACAUGAGAACACACACCGGAGAUAAACCCUUUGAUUGUUCAGUUUGUGGAAAAAGCUUUUAUACCAGGCGAGGUAUGAGGCGGCACACACUGAAACACACAAUAGAGCAAAACACGUAGGUCGUGUAUACGUGGUAUAAGAAAAAUGUCAGACGAUAAUAUAUGUUAGGACACAAGAACACACACGGGAGAAAAAAUGCCAGUUGUCCAGUUUGUGUUACAAGUUAUACCGUAUUUUCCGCACUAUUAGCCGCACCUAAAAACCACAAAUUUACUCAAAAGCUGACAGUGCGGCUUAUAACCCGGUGCGCUUCAUAUAUGGAUUAAUAUUAAGAUUCAUUUUCAUAAAGUUUAGGUCUCGCAACUACGGUAAACAGCCGCCAUCUUUUUUCCCCAUAGAAGAGGAAGCGCUUCUUCUUCUACUGUAAGCAACCACCCGCCCCCGUAGAAGAAGAAGAUGCGCGCGGAUAUUACGUUUCAUUUCCUUUGUGUGUUUACAUCUGUAAAGACCACAAAAUGGCUCCUACUAAGCGACAGGUUUCCGGUUCUUGAAAAGACGCAAUCUCUCCAUCCGCACACGGACUACUAUUUCACAGCAACUGCCUAAAGACUUUCAAGAAAAGCUGGCUACUUUCCGUGCAUAUUGUAAAAACAAGAUAGCUGAAAAAAAGAUCCGGCCAGAGAACAUUAUCAACAUGGACGAGGUUCCACUGACUUUUGAUAUUCCUGUGAACCGCACUGUGGAUACAACGGGAGCACGUACGGUGAAUAUUCGCACCACAGGGAAUGAGAAGUCGUCCUUCACUGUGGUUCUAGCUUGCCAUGCUAAUGGCCAGAAACUUCCACCCAUGGUGAUAUUCAAAAGGAAGACCUUGCCAAAAGAGAGCUUUCCAGCCGGCGUCAUCAUAAAAGCUAACUC